AUGCUCACUCUGUCGACUCUCCUCUCGCUCCCAGUGUUCCUCUCAACUACUAUCAUCGCUCAUGCCCUAGCAGCACCCGAACUCACUUACCGCGACAACAAGGAUGACAACGAUAAUCUCGCAGCCUCACUCACCGGGGGCGAGAAGUGCGACAAGAAAGAGUUGAAAGCGAUACAAGAAGGCUUUGUGGAAAUGAACAAAUUAUUUCAGGCGUCCAUAAAAGUGAACUGGAACCGAUCCGCCGAGCAAGAAUUUUUUGGGAAGCCAGAGAGACUGCAAAACUACACAGCAAUGGUAGAAGCCAAUCUCCUCCGCGCCUCGCAAUAUUCCUACCUACAAGGUAACACGACACGCAACCCCGACAUCCACGUCCGAUGCGAUGAUCCGAUGAAAAAGUGCCAAGAAUGCACAAGAAAAGAAGGGAAACAUGUUGCGUAUACUAUAGGGAAUGAUCCGCAUAUCAAUUUCUGCGAGCGAUAUUUCGAUUUGCCAAAGUUGGAUGACGCCGUGGAGAAAGCUGCUGGGAAUCUUACAUCGAAUUUAGAAAUAAUGUCGUACUAUAAUCGAGCAACGGCAUGGGCGAGGCAGGUAAUGCACAUCUCAGCUGUCGGGGUGGGCGUUGUCGAGAAGGCCGUGGUGAAUUCACAGUCUCAAACCACUUUCGUCUGGACGACGUACCAGUACACUGGACCUCUGAAUGUGUCGUUUCUCGCUGGAGUUAAAAAUGAGCAUCCUGACACUAACGGGCCAAACAAUAUCGAAGCCCUAAAAUAUGGCUACGGCGCCAAUCGGGCAAAGUUACUGGCAGUACUAUCGACUCAAAUGCCGUAUGAUGCAUUGAACAACCCAGAUAAUUACGCCUUGUACGCCCAAGCACGGUACGUAAUGGAAAAGAAGGGACUCUACCCGAACUUUCCAGUUAUGCAGUUCGACGACGAGAUGGAGGUCUUGUCGAACGAACAAUUGCAGGAUGGCGCGCGCCCAAGGUACGCGUGUUUCGAUGCACUAGAUAUUGUGUGA